GUCAGUUUCAUAGUAUUCGAUUAAGGUCUGUAGUUGAUUUCGAUUAAGAAUAUCCUUUAUGAACCAUCUCUAAGUAGUUUUGACAUAUAAACAUAGUCUUUAUUGUUUACGCUUCUAGGAUGUUGUUGGAACUUUUAUUCACGGUAGGUUUUCGAUCAAGGUAUUUUGAUAAAGUUAUGUUUUGAUUAUUGGUAUUUGACAAAUUUCUAAAAGCAUGUUUGAUAUAUGGUUUGAGAAUUGAUUAAAAUUAUUUUGUAUGUUUUAAUGGUCUUUGGUAAAUGAAAGUAUGUGACUGUAUUUAAUGAUUUUUUUUUUCUUUUGAAGUGUUGCGAUUGAUUUAGAAUUGAAAGUAUUUUUUUUUUGGGUUUGUUAAUCUUGAGAAUUAUUGUUAAGUUCGUAUGUAUUGAUUUGAUUAAGUAUUUAUUGAAAUCGCUAUUUGAAUCUAAAUGUUUUGUUCCGAAAGUUUCUGAAAGAAUUUUGGUCGAUUUGGUAGGGUUUUUCAUUGUGCCACUUUUUGUUUUUGGAAUUGUAUGCUUAUUAUGUAGUAGCCAAAUUUGAAAUUGACAGUAAUCUUAUCUGUUUGAAACUUAUUUGUGGGAAGACGUGGCCUCACCUCACACUUAUGCAACUGUACUAAAUGUUCUAAUCGAUUUCUAAUUGACAUCAUGAAUAAUUGAUUGGUGUUACCAGUAGGUAACCACAUAUGUCUAGGCUACUCCAAUUAUGUACUACCCAUUCUGAUAUUUGAUUAUUAAUUGAUUAAAAGUAUUGGUCAAAUUGAAAGUAUUGAUCAAUCAAAAGUUUUGUUUUAUUGGAAUUCUUUAGAUAUUUUUUUUUAUUGAAAAACUAGAAAGUUUUUGUUCGUUGAAAGUCUUCAAAAGUUGUGUUCUUUUACAAAUAUUGGAUGAUAGCUGGAGUCCGUGGAAGUUCUAAUCUGUAAUGAAAAAGCUCCCACCUAUCCUGAGAAAGCUUCAAACCCCUCAAUCAACAUCCCCAUCUCCAUUGCCCGAUGCAAUUUUGCCCCCUUCUCCUCAAACCCCUGUGGCCCCGCUUCUGAAUAUCGCCCUUUCUUCUCCGCACCAUUACACUCAACUCCUCCAUUUCCUCAAAACCCACCUCACGCUUCCCAUCACGCCUAAUAAUCUCCUCCAUUUCCUCAAAUCGAAGCUUCAUUUUCACCCCAAAUUCACUCACUAUGACUUCCAUAUCUUCAAUUGGGCUUCCACCAUUGAUUCCUUCCGCCACAAUCACUCUACGUUUGUGUGGAUGGCCAGGACCCUCGUGACCACAGAUCGUUUCAUUGAGCUCAAGUCCCUUCUUAAUUUCUUGGCCUCCUCUCCUUGCCCCUGCUCCGAUGGUAUUUUUUCUUGCCCUCAAACAGAAUCCAUUUUUCAAAUUUCCAUUAGUGCCUAUUGUAGAGCUAGGAAAUUGGAUGAGGCUAUUUUUGCUUUUGACUCCAUGAGAAAAUUGAUUGAUGGGAAGCCUAGUGUGGUGGUCUAUAAUGUUUUGAUUAAUGGGUUUGUGAAGUCUGGUAGAUUUAACAAGGCUUUGGGGUUUUAUGAUAGGAUGCUUCGCGAUCGGGUUAAGCCUGAUGUGUACACUUUUAACAUUUUGAUUAGCGGGUAUUGUCGCAAUUCACAGUUUGCACUGGCAUUAGAGUUGUUUAAGGAGAUGAGGGAAAAGGGCUGUAGCCCAAAUGUGAUAAGUUUCAAUACACUGAUUAAAGGAUUCUUCAGGGAGGGAAAGUUUGAGGAUGGCGUUGCCCUGGCUUAUGAGAUGAUUGAGCUGGGAUGCAAAUUCUCUAGUGUCACCUGUGAAAUUGUAAUGGAUGGGCUCAGUAGAGAAGGCAAAAUUGGUGAGGCAUGUGAAAUUUUGAUUGAUUUUUCGAGGAAGCUAGUAUUGCCCAAGGAUUAUGAUUACUUUGGAGUUAUUGAAAUGCUUUGUGGGAAAGGGAAUGCAGCCAAAGCUAUGGAAGUUGUGUACGAGCUGUGGAUGGAAGGAAAUGUUCCCAGCUUCAUUACUUCCACCACUUUGAUAGAUGGACUGAGGAAAGAAGGGAGAGUGAAUGAUGCAAUGAAUGUAACAGAGAGGAUGCUGAAAGUAGGUAUGGUUCCUGACAGUGUAACUUUGAACUUUCUUCUCCAAGAUCUAUGCAAUGUGAGGAAAACCGUGGAAGCUAAUAAGUUGAGAUUGUUGGCUUCAAGCAAGGGGUUCGAACCAGACAACAAAACAUACUACACUUUAGUUUCUGGUUACACCAUGGAAGGCAACAAGGUGGAAGGGCAAAGGCUUGUGGAGGAGAUGUUGGAUAAGGAUUUUAUACCUGAUAUUGCAACAUAUAACAGGUUAAUGGAUCGGUUGUCGAAUGCGUAUGAGAGAAGUUCAUACCAUCACAUCCAUUCAAGUUCAAAGUUUGUAACAUAAUGCUGAAACAAGCAUGAAGUGAGACUAUUGCUUCUCCUGCACUAUGUAUGAUUGCAAUUACACUAGUGAUUUGCCAAUCAUGGAUUAUUUCAAAGGUGGCGCGGUAAUUAUAGAACCAUUCAAGUCUGUACGAUUUGUGUUGAUAUGUGCUUGACUUGAGCUUGAUGUCGCCAUUAUGCUAAACUUGGGUAUAUAAUGUUUCAAUGCCUCACCAGCUGCGUCAUUGUCCCAAGCGCAAAGAUUGUGUCAACCUAGUUGAGAUAAUCCGGUGUAUCUCCUAAUCCAUAGUUCUCUUGAGUUGUAUGAUUCUAUGUUUCCUUGUAGUCUGAGCACUUUUCUCUUUUUAUUAUAUCAAUGAAAAGAUUGUUUCCAUUUCAAUAAAAACAAAAAAAAAAAAUGUUUCAGUGGAUGGUUAGGGGCUGAAAUGUUUGAUGGCAGAAUUUAUGAUGGGGAUUUGUUAGGGGCUGAAAGAACACAAAGGAUAACUACCUGAAGAUUCAUGAAAGCAGAGUUUACUGAUUUUGGUGUAUGGAUAUUCUCACAUUGAUCAUUGAUGCUGUUUGAAAAGGGGAAUUUCAUGUCCUCAUUAAAGCCUUGUUACGUGAACAAUGGUGAGUAUUUGCCACUGAUUCCUCUAAGAGAAUAUACCAGUGGAAACGACUCAUUUGUAUUAUGAUUUAAGAAACAAAUCAACACAUCAAUAAUGUUGUAAUUCGUAUACAUACAAAAGAGGUUAAGUUUUGACCGUGCUUGACAAUGGUAUGAAAACAAGUGAGUUUUAUGUAAGAUUUUACUUAGUACUGCAAAGUAUAUCAAAGUGAUGCAAAGGGUUUCAGUGAUUGACAGCAA